UGCAUCACCUACGGGGAAUACAGAUGAGGUCUCCUGUGAAACACCAAAUGGGAUGAAAUAUCACUUUAAAGGCUGAAUGACUGCGUGUUUUCUUCCUGUGUGUGGAGUCGCUGUGUGAGCCGAGUCGUGGCUGUAAACUCAGAGGCAGCUGGCACCUGCAACGACAGCGCGAUGGCAAGUCAAGAGGAGGUGAUCGAGCCAGCGACUGAGAUUUCAGUGGCCCAAAACCUGGGCAGAAGGCGCUUCCUCCACGACAUCCGCCAUCUGAGUCCAGAUGAGAUCGAUGGCCUCAUGUCGUCCAGUGAGGGCCGACCAUUCCUUGUGGUGCAUCAUCUUCCUGAAAUGAAAGACGAGGGCGUGCCUUACCUAAUGCCUGGGACUCCUAUUACCUGCAGAGUGGACAACACAGAGAAAUACACCACUCGCUCAAAGGUCCAUGUAGGAACCUUAUACACUGUGCGGCUAACGCAUGGCCACUUCCACUGGACAGUGAAGAGGAAGUACAAGCACUUUCAGGAGCUGCAUCGAGACCUUUACAAGCACAGGAUGAUGCGUCACUUGCUGCCUCUGGGAAGAUUUGCAAAGGACAGGCAGCAGCUGAGAAACAUGCCAGAGGAAAUGCCCAGCCUACAUGGGACUGAACGGACGAGAAGAACCUCCAGCAAAAUGAAAUACCUUGAGGAGUACCUGAAUGGUCUGCUGGACAACGCAUUCUGCAGGAAUGACCACAGCAUGCUGGAGUUCCUCUCUGUUGGAGCUCUCUCCUUCAUCUCUGAUCUGGGACCCAAGGGCUUGGAGGGACCUAUCUACAAGAGGUCGGGGGGUCACCGGAUCCAAGGCCUGAAUUGUAUUGGUCACCACCAGUUCUGUUUCCGCUGGUCACGCCGCUGGCUGGUGGUGAAAGACUCCUUCCUGAUGUAUAUGGACCGAGACAACGGCAGCAUCAACUUUGUGCUGCUGUUCGACCCCGAGUUCAAAGUGAAAGUGGGCCGGGCGCACACAGACACCAGAUACGGAGUCUGCUUUGAGAAUUUCACUCGGAGUUUGAUUAUUAAGUGCAGCAGCUAUAGACAGAGUCACUGGUGGAGCCAUGAAAUCAACCAGCUGGCAGAAACCUGUGACUUUCUCAAAGUGCAACGCUUUGAGGGAUUUGCACCACCACGGGAGAACUCUCUCACAAAAUGGUAUGUGAAUGGAAGUGGCUACUUUGCAGACCUGGCUGAUGCUCUUGAACAAGCCAAGGAGGAGAUUUUCAUCACAGAUUGGUGGCUCAGCCCUGAAGUGUUCCUAAAGAGACCGGCGACUGACAACCACUGGCGGCUGGAUGAGAUACUCAAACGCAAAGCAGAACAAGGAGUCAAAGUGUGUGUCCUGCUGUACAAAGAGGUGGAACUAGCGCUUGGCAUCAAUAGUGACCACAGCAAGAGGACUCUUAUGAAUAUGCACCCGAACAUCAAGGUAAUGCGACAUCCGGACCACUUGUCCUCUGUGGUGUUCCUGUGGGCUCACCAUGAAAAGAUGGUGGCCAUUGACCAAACAGUAGCCUUUGUUGGGGGGAUUGAUUUAGCGUUUGGGAGGUGGGAUGACAGCCGCUACCAGCUCACUGACCUGGGCCUGGCAAAGACACACAGUGAGGACAAGACAAAGGAGGACAUGGACGGCAAUUGUGUGGCUGAUGGCCCCAAACCAUCUGAACCAGAUAAGGAAGCAGAAGAGAGCCCUGACGAUCUGGCUAGUAACACUAAACUGUGGCUUGGCAAAGACUACAGCAACUUUAUCAGGAAAGACUGGGUCCAACUGGACAAACCAUUUGAAGAUAACAUCGACCGCACUCAAGUUCCUCGCAUGCCGUGGCGUGAUCUCCAUGCAGCUAUUCAUGGCAGAGCUGCCAGGGAUUUGGCCCGCCACUUCAUCCAGCGCUGGAACUUCACCAAGAUCUUCAAAAACAAGUACAAGGACGACUUCUACCCGUACCUUCUUCCCAAGUCUCACACUACUGCAGACUCACUCUCAUUCACUGUGCCUGGGUCCCAGAAAGCCAAAGUGCAGGUGUUGCGCUCUGCUGAUCGUUGGUCAACUGGAACCUGUGAGAACUCGAUCCUGAAUGCCUACAUCCACACCAUUGAGAACAGCGAGCACUACAUCUACAUCGAGAACCAGUUCUUCAUCAGCUGCGCCGAUGGGAAGACCGUCCACAAUGGGAUCGGUGAUGCCAUUGUGAAUCGAAUUCUACGAGCGUUCAGAGAGCAGAAGAAGUACAGAGUGUUUGUGGUGAUUCCUCUGCUUCCUGGAUUUGAGGGAGACAUCAGUGCUGGAGGUGGAAAUGCCAUCCAAGCUAUUCUGCACUUCACUUACCGGACCAUGUGCCGUGGGGAACACUCCAUCCUGUCAAGACUCAGUGAAGUAAAGGACCAGUGGACAGAGUACAUCACACUGUGCGGCCUCAGAACGCAUUCCCAGCUCUCGGACUCGCUUGUCACGGAGCUCAUCUACGUUCACAGCAAGACCCUCAUUGCUGAUGACCGCUGCUACAUCAUUGGAUCAGCCAACAUCAAUGACCGCAGCAUGCUGGGCAGCAGAGAUAGUGAGUUGGCAGUGUUUGUGGAAGAUGAAGAGAGGGUCCCAUCCAUCAUGGGAGGGGAGGAAUACCAGGCGGGACCACUCACACUCGCUCUACGCAAAGAGUGUUUCAGAGUUCUUGUUGGAGCUGCUUCAGACCCCAGUAUCAAUGUUGACGAUCCGAUCAGUGAUGAGUUCUUCUUCUUGGUCUGGAACGAGUCUUCUACACGGAACGCCACCAUUUAUGACAAGGUCUUCAAAUGCCUCCCCUACAACUCUGUCCACAACAUGCGGGAGCUGAAGGAGUACACCAGCAUGGAGCGCCUCUGCGACACAGACCCUGAGCAGGCCGCGGAGGAACUGAAGGGCGUCCGAGGGCUGCUGGUCCACUUCCCCUUGAGGUUCCUGUGUGAGGAAAACCUGCUGCCUGCGCCAAACACUAAAGAAGGCAUGGCUCCUGUUGGGCUGUGGACAUAACCACAUCGUGGCCCAGAUCAGACCACUACAAUACAGCAAAAUGGUUGCUGUACCACAAGUAUCUGCUCGUAGUUUAGGCUCACCGAAUAUGCAGCACAGUACACUAAAGUACUCACAGCACUUGAGUGGUGAGGAAGACAAUUUAUUUGUUAAUCGCUGAUGUUUCUUGAAUCGACUUUUUGACUGACAAAGGCCUUGUCUGGACAUAACCACUGAAAUGCAAAUUGUAUAAUCGCUGAUUAUCUGUCAGAACAUGAGGUUAACCCGUACUGGCCAGUUUGUUCGUGAUGGCGGUGUCUGCUUCAUAACUUCUACAGCACAGUCUGAACUGCAGGGCUGCUGCAAAGCACACAUAAAUGAAUGUAUGAAUCAGGAGAGGAUUGCAAGAUUGUAUUGGAAAUCGAGCAUCUCACAUGAUCUGGGAACAUAGUGUACAUUUAUUGGUGCAAGAUUUUUGGGUGGGUGGGUGGCUCUGUCUCUCUCUCUCUCUUUUCUCUCUCUCUCUCUCUCUCUCACUCUCUCCCUCUGAGGCUUCACCUCUCACUGCAGUGCCAGAAAAUCUGUCAGAACAUUUGUGGUUGUUAUGGUGACGGAUAUAAAGAGAUGACUGGAUUGUAGCUGAAAUAAAGGACUGGAUAGGAUUGAAAAGGGAGAGCGCUGAUAAGAGGUAUAACUUACUAAAUCAGGAUGGUGUGCCGGGAAAUAGACGGUAAUAUGUGGAUAGGUAGGACUGGCCAUUUCUGUGCAAACACAGUCUUUUCAACGUUUGUUCUGUUUAAAUGAUCAGGUGGAGAAACUGAGAGAGAGAGGAAACAAAAGGAGGACGAGAUAAUUAAAGGGUGCUGGGGCGAUUUUACUGUUAACUGUUGCGUUUUUGAAGUCACCAUGACAACCCAGUGAAUUAUUAUUGCACCGUGUUCCACAGUCCAGAACAGAACAUUCCACUAUUCACUUGGCCGUUGCAUUUCUCAGCUAUUUCCAUGUUGUGUCCAGGUGCCACGAAGGGUCUCGCAUGUCUACCACAGGGUAUAAAGAGGCAUUUGUGAGGUGUUUAGCCAUAACAUGAUAACUGACAUUAUUUGGCUUUUACAGUUCCCACUAAGUGCCAUUCUGAGGCAUAACCAGGUCAUAUUUUAAUCAUAAAGGGCACCGAAUUUCAGAUGUUGGUUGAUAUUGAAUCGUGCGUCUUGAAACCUGCUCAUUCCCUUUUUAUUAAGCCAUGAGUAGCGACUACUGUUAAGCAGCCUGGAAAUGUCUUGCACUGGACGACUCCGUAGCAUUAGUGACGAAAAUAGACAGGCGACGUUCCCUUUUAGUAAAUAUUGCCUUGAUGGAUUUUGAAAUGUAAUAUUUUCAUGGAACAUGCUGUACAGUACCUUGCUGCCUUCCUCAUGAAGAAAAACAGGAUAUGAGUUACAAAUUUGUGUAAUCUGACAUCAAACACUUGGGAACAACAUUCUAACUCAGGUUUGAAAGUUUCUCAGAUGGCACAGAGUGUGGCUGAUUUAUUCUGUGCACCUGUGUUGUACGCUUUUAGAGAACAACCAGCAGAGGGGCAGAUGACGGGCAGCAUGUGAAGCUUGUGAACGGGACCAUAUGUUUUAUAUUAUGAGCCUUGCUGUAGUGUUCUUAUUGCACUUAAAAAAUCCUGUCUGGUGUUUUUUUUUUUAAAGAGACCAGAUAAUAGAUGAAACGGCAUUACCAUAAUUGAGUUCAUAAUAUGAAAAAGUGUGAACUUUGUGAACCUGUUAACGAGACUUGUGCAGACUGUGGCGUAAGCUUUUGACACAUGCCUGUAAGUCAACAACUACCACCCGAGUGGUUCAAUGCAAGUUUGUGUGUGAAUGUGACAGAUGCCACACCGCCUCACUCUACAUGAAGCACCUUUCACAGAGGACUCACUGUGACCAUUUGUGUUCAGAAAUGGUGCUUUGCUGGCUUCAGAACUGUUUACCCGACCCUUUAGAAGAUAUUAAAAGCCAUUAUGAGCCCUCGCACGCUGAAAGCUGGAUAUUUGCUAGCCUCUCUCAUACAGCACAAAAUGGUUGCCUUAUUCUUUGUUAUAUUCUACAGAAAUGUCUGCGAUGAACUAAGAAGUGACCUUAUACUGUUUCUACCAUGAAUUUUAUUUUUAUUGAACUAAUAGCCAGCAUUGCCAAUAUAUUUUAUGGAUGAAUUACUAAUAUGUUACUUAUGGAAACGUUUGUGAUUAUCCCUAACAGUCACCAUGUGAAAACUUUGUGUAAGCACAUCUGUAGAUCUAGUGUAUUACCGUAGACUUACUGAUAUAUGGGUUACUAACGCUCAGGGGUAGAGAAAUGAUGAACAUUAAUACUUAAUCCUUUUAAGUGCAGUUAUAAACAACUUGUAACUUUAACGUAUAUUACUUUUCAUGUUUCCUCAAUAAACCUGUUUUUUAUGGAACUGAA